AGAAUAAGGUGGGAUAAUUAAAAGACAAAGGUUGCAUAAAAUAACAAGCACACACACGAAAACACCUACCUCAAGGAAACUCAGUCAUAAAUUCCCUUGGGCAGCCAGAGGGAUGUGGGUGGAUGAGGACCAGAUAGCCACAAUUAUAAUAACUAGAGAGACUCAUUCCUCUUGUCUUGCUUGUUAAUUAAAUCAGACCCAUUUCUCUCUUGUCACAAUCAACUUCUAUCUUGAACAGAUCUCCAAUGGAGCUCCACGUCCAACAACGGAAACAUGAGCAUGGGGAGGUUUCAGUUGGCAAAGGAAGCAGAAUUAAGGGGAGAAGUAGAACUAAUCCCAACAACAAGUUUGUUGGGGUGAGACAGAGGCCCUCUGGGAGAUGGGUUGCAGAGAUCAAGGACACAACACAGAAGAUCAGGAUGUGGCUCGGAACGUUUGAGACUGCAGAAGAAGCUGCCCGAGCAUAUGAUGAGGCCGCCUGCCUGCUUCGUGGAUCCAAUACUCGAACCAACUUCAUCACCCAUGUCUCCUCCAAUUCCCCUCUCGCUUCACGCAUUCGGAAUCUCCUCAACAACAAAAAAGCUGUCGUCAAACAACCACCUCUUCAUAAUCCCUCCUCCACCGAAGGAACCUCCACAGCCACAACUUAUACCAGCACAGGUGGCAGUACUGGUAAUGGUGACAGAGGUGGAAAUUCUCCCUCCUUUGGAAAGAUACAUGAGACCCAGAUUUGUAAUGAUGCAUAUAGACCAGAUUUGAGCAACUGUAGUGGUGAAGAACACGAAUUGGAUUCAUCAAAAUCCGAUCUCUCAUGGGCAACUGGCUCCUCUUUUGAUCAGUUCUCCUUCACCCAAGAUGGGUUUGAUUUUCCAAUGAAUGUUGGCUUGCCGGAGGCAUCGGAAUCAGAGGUGGCAGAAUUUGAAAGGUUGAAAGUUGAAAAACAGAUGUCGUCGUUCUAUCCGAUGAAUGGGGUGCAAGAGACAGUUCAUGAUCUUAGUGAUACUUUGUGGGAUCUUCCUCCUCUCUGUCAGUUGUCUUGCUCCUUUUAAUGGUUGGUCAACAUCUCCUCUUUUCCUCUCCUUUGUUUCUCUUCUGAGAUUGGUUACAGAAGAUGCAAGAACGGGAUAUAGACGUUUUUUAAUUUGUUCUUUGGAUUAAAUUUCUUACAUUCCCACAACAGUUUUGAGAUGGCCCCGUUUAUUAGUUGAGGAAAUUUUCUUGGAAUUAAAAUAAAAAAGCGCCCAUAAAAACCUUGAAAGAAUCAAAGAAACCUGUUGUAGGAUGACAUUGAUCUCUUGCAUCAAGGUCUCUUUAACAUUGUUUGUAAUUAGGUUAGCUGUCUGAUUGUGCAGUGGUCGUUGAAUUUGAAGUUCCAUAAUUGAAAUUUGAAACCA